GUGCCUGAUUGAACUCGUUCGUGCCAUGGAAGACAGCCCCCUCUUCCUGGGAUUGACCACGGCCACGCCCUUCAUUCGAUCCAUGGGUCUCGGGAAGAAGAUCCCGGGACCGCUCGGUACGCUCUUCCGCAGUUACCAUUUCGCCAAGACAAAGGCGUUUGAGAUGGUCGGCCAUUUCCUGCAGCACUCCUCUUCAUCCGAGAAGUACCUCCUCUCGCCCCUCGUCCAGGGAGGGGACACGUUCCUAGAUCGGAAGCUGACGAUUGAGGAACUUGCCGAGGAAGCCAUGGGCUUGAUGUUUGCAGGCGCCGGCACCACUGCGUCAACCCUUACUUACCUCCUCUUUGCUCUAUCUCGGAACCUGGCGGUUCAGGCUAGGCUACGGCGGGAAGUUCUCUCGCUCCCAGACACCAGUGCCGCCGUUCGACAGAACCAAUAUAUCAACGCCGUCAUCAAGGGGGCGUUUCGGCGGUUCCCGACGAUCAUGGCAACGCUCCCCCGCGUGCUCCUCGAACCGCUCGCCACGGAGACGUAUGUGCUGCCGGAGGGUACCGUCGUGUUCCCAGAACCCGACCGGUUUAAUCGAGACAGGUGGCUGGAGAGCAUCGAGGCAAUGGAGGCAUCGCUGACGCCGUUUGGGAGCGGUAGAAGGAACUGUAUUGGCAAAAAACUGGCCUGGGAGGAACUUUACCUGGCUGUCAAUGCACUGAUGUGGGCAGGGAUUGAGUUUCGUGCCAGAGAGGAGACGGAUGACGAAGAUACCCAAUUGUUAGGAUUUAUUGCUGCUUCGCCCAAGGCGAAGCGUCUAGUGUUGGAGAUAGCUAGGGUGUAA